CGAUGCCAAUCCAUCUGCAUGUGCUUCUCGGACGGUUACCAACAACCGAGCCUCCCUCUCCCCCCCUCCCUGAGUUGGCCCUGCGCCAUCGGAAAUGCACCUUUACCUCACUCAAGCCACACCGUCUUUGAUGGGGCACCAUGGAAGACCACACUCCGGGCGCCAUCGUCAAUCGUGAUGAGCCUGUCCCCGUCAUCUUCGCUGGAAAGCAUGAUGAUGAUGAUGAUGAUGCAAGAGGGUCGAAAUCCGGGGUAUUAAAGAAAACAGUGUCCAAGGCCGGUCGCUCUCUGCAGGAUAGGCUUUUCUCCAAGAUCCUGGAGCAAAUGAUGCCCAUGGAAGAUGUCGACGCUGAAUCACUGUCAGCUGGUGACAAGCCCAUUUCCCCCGACAACAAGCGGCCAGCGUUCAGCCUACCUCUGAUGGCCAACAAUUUCCGUCGAUUCAAUGCAAGAAUUGGCAUCGUUUUCCUGUUCCAGACCCGUGUCGAGCGUCUGCUCAGCUGGAAGCGGACCUCGCAUACCCUUUCUUUUCUCUUUAUCUAUUCUUUCAUAUGCCUAGAUCCCCAUUUACUUGUCAUCAUCCCAUUCGCCAUUCUCUUGUUCUUUGUCAUGGUACCUGCAUUCCUCGCACGCCACCCUCCACCCCCCUCGACAUCCACAUCCAGCAUCACCCCCUACUAUUCAUACCAGGGUCCAGCCCUCGCUCCUGCGAAGACCAUCAAGCCGGCUUCUGAGACGUCCAAGGAUUUCUUUCGAAACAUGAGAGACCUGCAAAACUGCAUGGCGGAUUUCUCCGAUGUACAUGACGCGACGGUUUCUGCUUUUGCGCCUCUGACAAACUUCUCAAACGAGAAACUUUCUUCGGCAGUAUUCCUGACCUGCACCCUCGUGACUGCCCUGCUAUUCUUGACGGCUCAUCUUCUCCCCUGGCGAUACAUUCUUCUUGUCAGCGGCAAUGCGGCUAUUCUGUCAUUGCACCCAAGCUUCCCCGACUUCGUUCAGAGUGUCACAGGGGAUAUGCUAGAUCCAAUCACGGAACAGGGUGCGAUGACCAAUAAGAAAGAGCAAGACUCGGUCGAUGUCGGCGGACUAGUCGUACCUACGUCGCCCUCUGCGGCGGUGUCCCUCAUGGGGUCAUUGGCCAACAUUUCAUUGGACUCUUACCCAGAGGAGCGGGAAGUUGAGGUAUUCGAGAUUCAGUAUCGUUCCCUUGCCCCUUAUUCCGAGUCGCAAUGGGAGCAUUUCCUGUUUAGUCCUAUGCCCUAUGAUCCACUCUCCCCGUCCCGCAUUGCGGGAGACCGCCCUAAGGGCUGCCGGUUUUUCGAGGAUGUUCAGCCCCCAACCGGGUGGGCAUGGAAGGGUAAAAAAUGGGAAUUGGAUUUGGACUGUCGUGAGUGGGUUGUUGAGCGCAUGAUAACGGGAGUUGGGUUCGAGGUCUCCGGGAGUUCGUCCGAGAGUGGCAUGACCAGUGGUGAAAUUGGGGGCUGGGUCUGGGAUCUGCCCCCUGCCUCAUUCCGAGAUGAUGACGAGGUAGUUUCUACGAUGGGAUAUGAUGACCUUGACUCGACACAUUCAUCCAGAGGACAUGAUCAGAGGGCCAGAAAGAAAGGGAAAGAGAGAGUCUCACAAGACUACGAAGAGAAGGUUCACACCGGAUCCAACGUGAUGGGGGAAUGGCGCAGAAGACGAUGGAUUCGCAUCGUGCAUCGAACAAGUAUGCCAGCUUAUCAUCCAAUGCCGGUAGAACAAGGACAUGGCGCGGAUUUCUCCUGCGAUUGGAUCUGGGACUCUCAGAACGCACGGUUGUCACCGUGUGCCAUGAGAUACCUUUCUGCAAUCCCAGCAGCGGUGAUUUCAGUUGCCGCGUUGAGUUAUGUAUCUCAUAGGCUGUUCAGAACAAACCGUCCCCAGUGGACGAGGCCCUUUAUCCUAGAGCAACCGAUGGUUGCUGACUUGCCAACUGACGGCGCGAACCAACGGAUGGGCUGGGUGAUAACCCUGCUUGCCAUCUCUUUGGCCGGGUUCACAACCGAACUUAUUCGGGUAGUGCUCAAUGGAUGGCCAUCUGAUGUCUCUCUUCUCAUAGUCUGGGCUGCUGCAACAUGCCUAGUCGCAAUAGCACGCCCGAGGUCAUGUUCCACCUCUUUUCUUGCCUUCUUCACUAGCAUGCUGGCACUAGAGAUUGCCUUUAUCACAGUUUAUGAUGCGGAUGGGUCGAUACUCGCCACUCACUAUGUAGCAGCCGUUAUUGCUUUGAUCGGUUGCAUCGUAAUCCUUGUGAUGCCCCUUCGAGGCCCUUCUCUUCCCUGCAUUGACAUUGGAGCCGUUGGUCAAGAGCCAUCCAGCAAACAUCGCAGCCCAGAAGAUAAUCUGCGACUUUGGCAGUUUCUUAGCGUGUCAUGGAUGGCCCCGCUGAUUUCCAUCGGCAGAAGCAGACAACUGCAAGAGGAUGAUGUUUGGUUCUUAGGAUUUGAAUUCCAGCACCGCAGGUUGCAUGAGAAAUUCCGCAAAUUGAAGGGUUCUGUCAUUGGUCGAUUACUACAUGCCAAUGGAAUUGAUAUUUUGAUUAUCACCGCAAUUGCCAUUGUGCAGAUGCUUUGCGACUUUUCAACACCGGUACUGCUUCAGCGAUUGCUACAGGCGAUGACUGAUGGUGGCUCAUCACAUCGUGUUGCCCUGACUUAUGCUCUGCUAUCCCUGCUACUCCGCCUGAUUGCUGCGCAGUCCCAAGUAUUGAGCCUGUGGUACGGAAGACGGAGCUAUGAAAGAAGUCGAGGCGAAAUGAUAAUGAUGGUCUAUGAGAAAGCCCUAUCAAGAAAGAAUGUCUUCGACCAGCAAUUGGUUGACAAGGCAGAGGAGGAUGGGCUGCAGGAGGAGACCGAAAAUGAAACGGCUGCCAAUCCAAAACGGUGCAGGUGGUGGCCAUUCUCGAUUUUUCGGCGAGCACCACGCAAGCCCAAGGUUAAGCAAAGUGCUUCCAUGGGUAAAAUCUUCAAUCUCCUGCGCGGGGAUGUCUACGAGGUUGCCCAACGUUUUUGGGAGAUCGACACACUGGUUGAUAAACCCCUGGGGCUUGUCAUUGCUAUUGUGCUAGUCUGGAAGCUGCUUGGCCCGUCGUGCUUCCUGGGAAUUGUUGCUGUUAUAGUUGCCCAAGUGCUAAACGCAUUUGUCACUCGUAUUCUUUUACAAAGGGAACGAGUUCGUCGGCUGGCGACGGAUAGUCGACUACAACUUUCCUCUCAGUUCGUGGAGGCACUACGACACCUUCGGUGGUAUGGAUGGCAGAACCACUGGCUGCGUCAGGUUAUGGACGCUAGGCAGUCCGAGCUGAAUCUUCGCAUCGUCACUAUGCUGUGGGGGAUUGUUAUUCGCUUUAUCAACACGUUUGCGAGUGGUCUCUUCCCAGUAGUGGCGCUAUAUGCGUACACUCUUCUGGCGGGGAAUCCAUUGCGCAUCGACAUCAUUUUUCCCGCCUUGCAGCUCUUCACUAUGCUCGAAACUCGUCUGAGGGAUAUCCCGAGCCUCAUCACGGUGCUGAUCAAUGCGUCCAUCGCCAUGGAGAGAAUAGAUGACUUUAUGGCCGAGCCCGACAAAGAAAAGAAAAACAGUAUCGAUACUGAAGCAGCUCCGAUCCAGCUGGAAUAUUGUUCCUUUGCUUGGCCUGGAAAAGAACUCCCAGUGCUCCACGAGAUCGACUUAAAGAUACGCCAAGGACUAACUGUUGUGUACGGCAAAGUAGGAGCUGGCAAGACAGCUCUACUUCAAGCUUUGCUUGGCGAAUUGGACAGACUUGGUGGCAUUUCGCACGUACCAAAUGAGAUGAUCGGCUACUGUUCCCAGACCCCAUGGUUACAGAGCAUGAGUAUCCGAGACAACAUCCUGUUCUCUUCGCCCUAUGAUGCCCAACGCUACCGGCGGGUUCUGGACGCAUGCGCUUUGAUACCCGACCUGUCAAACUUCAAGCAUGGUGAUUUGUCCUUUGUCGGAGAAAACGGUAUCGGUCUUUCUGGUGGACAGAAAGCACGUGUAGCUCUUGCACGAGCAAUGUACAGCACGGCCAGAAUACUAUUCCUCGACGAUCCCUUGUCAGCAUUGGAUCACAAUACCGCAGAGACAGUCGCUCGCAAAUGCUUCUCAGGUCCUUUGAUGCAAAACCGUACUGUUGUGCUUGUCACUCAUAGAACUCACUUGGUCCGGAACCUCGCAGAUCAGAUUGUUCUCAUACAGAAGGGCCGCGCUGUUGUCGAAGACAAACACCAGCACUCGUCCAAUGCAAGUGGCCCUUCUGAAGAUAGCUCGUCAGAUACGAGCGAGGCUGAAUCUGAGAGCGACAGGGCAUUCGCAGAAGAUACAGCCGCAGUGCCGACAAAGUUCAUCGAAGAGGAACAUCGAGCGGAAUGGGGCGUCAAGGCUAGGGUAUAUUGGAAGUAUAUCAAAGCCAGUCAAUACAGGUGGUGGAUCACGUUGAUUGUCGUGCUAGCGGUGUACCGACUCACAUCAGUGGGACAAUCCUGGUUUCUGAAGGAGUGGGGAGAGGCGUACAACGAAACGCUUCUGCUGUUCGGAUACUCGGGCUCGAAUAAGAAGUCCUUUGCUGGCGACUGGAUCACACCAUCGGCCAUGGUGAACAUGGUCAACUGGAAGCCUACCAACCCUCUUGACGAAUUCCCAGCACCGGUUGAAGAUGUUCGCCCUUGGCUGCUUGCAUUCUUUGCCAUCACGACCUUCCAAUCAGUAAUACUCUUGAUUGCACAGCUCGUGAUGCUUGUCAUGGUCUACAGCGCAGGAAAGACCCUCUUCCAAGAAGUCAUGGUGCGAGUGAGCCAUGCUACCUUUCGGUUCUUCGAUGUCACUCCUAUCGGUCGACUAAUGAAUCGACUGACCUCUGACAUUGGCGUUGUGGACGGAAAUAUCAGCGAGCAAUUCCAAAUGAUCGCAUUUCAAGCAAUCACCUGGAUCUCUUCCAUUGUUGUGAUCGCAUCAGUGACGCCAACCUUUCUCGGCUUCUCCCUGAUCCUGACGGCAGCGUUCAUCGCGGUGUUCCUGCGUUUCCUGCCAACAUCACAGAGCCUGCGGCGACUGGAAAUGGUGUCACUAAGCCCCUUGAUAUCCAAUUUCGGCGAGCUGCUUCAUGGCUUGACCACUGUUCGCGCAUUCCAUGCAGAAGGGCGCUUCCAGGAUCGCGUGAUCGCGGUCGUCGACAAGUUUCAAGGGAUGGACCAUUUCUACUGGUCUCUUCAGAGCUGGCUCAUGUACCGGUUUGAAAGCCUCUCUGCCUUGUCGACCUUCUGCCUCACCGUGCUGGCAUUGUACACGAGCGUAUCUCCGGGUCUAGCAGCAUUUGUGCUUGUAGCAGCCAACAACUUCGUCGCAUCAACCCAUGCUCUCUGCAAACAGUACGGCCAGCUGCAAAUGGAUUUUGUCUCCGUCGAGAGGGUGGAUGAAUUGCUCCACGUGGAACAAGAGUCCCCAGGGACCAUCUCUCCCCCUGCAUCAUGGCCCAAGUUCGGCCGCGACAUCGUCUUCGAAGAUGUCACCAUCCGAUAUGCCCCUCACCUGGACCCAUCCCUCAAGAACGUCUCUCUGCGUAUACCCGGGGGCUCUACAACCGCCAUCAUUGGCAGAACCGGGAGCGGAAAGUCCACACUCGCCGUCUCCCUACUCAGCGUCAUUCGUCCCGACUCGGGACGCAUCCUCAUCGACAACCUGGACAUUGCGCAAGUCAACACACAGGUUCUCCGCACCCGGGUGACAUUCGUCGCACAGGACCCGGUUCUCUUCCCCGGGACCAUUCGUCUGAACCUCGACCCAACAGGAGAAUACUCAGACACCGAGUGCGCAGACGUCUUGAAACGAAUCUGCAGCCGACACGGCUGGAGUCUGGAGACCCCUGUGGAAGCCGGGGGACGAAACCUGAGCCAGGGUGAGCGUCAGUUGAUUGGCCUUGCAAGAGCCGUGUUGCGCCGCAGCUCCAUCGUCAUCCUAGACGAGGCAACUGCAUCAAUUGACCAUGAGAGUUCGCUCGAGAUCCAGCAAGUCCUGCGAGAGGAGAUGAGGGAGUCGACCGUGAUCACCAUCGCACAUCGACUGGAGGCCAUCAAAGAUGCCGACUACUACAUCAUGUUAGAUCAGGGGGGUGUAUCGAAACAGGGAUUCGUGAAGGAUAUGUGAGUAGCCGAUAGUACCAUCCGUAGAAGCAAUUUUAUUUAGCCUAAAC